CUUAACAAAACCAUUAAUAACUGUUUUUCAGUGAGUUAAGCAAAGAGAACAGAGAGGACAAAAGCAUAACUAAAAGAAAAUGACAGUGUCCCCCUUUUGCAGGACAGGAUUUCAGAUGGUGUACUAGGUCUGGCCAGCAUGGAGUUGAUUUUCUUCAUGGCAGCUUGUAUGGUGCUGUGUUUUAGAUUUGUGACCAAAACAGUGUUAAUAAUAGACCAGUGUUUCAGUGUAUUGAGUUUGUGUGGGAAGGUUUUGGUAGUGGGGGUGUGUGUGUGUGUGUGCGCUACAGGAGUGGCUUCUGCAAGAAGCUGCUAGAAGCUUCUCCCAUGUCUGAUAGAGCCAAUGCCAGCCGGCCGAAAGACGGACCCGCUGCUGACCAAGGCUGAGCCCAGCAGCGAUGGUGGUAGUGCCUCUGGGAUAACAUAGUCAAGAAGGGAGAAAAUACCCUUGUGCAACAGCAAUUGCAGCCAGAGAGAGGAGUGAGAAUAUGUGAGAGAAACAGCUCUACAGACACCCAAGGCCAGUGAAGAAGAAGGAGGGGGAGGAGGUGCUCCAGGAGCCGGAGCGGAGAUUCCCCUGCAGCUUGUGGAGAAGCCCAUGGUGAGGCAGGCUGUGCCUCUGCAGCCCUUGGAGGUCCAUGGUGGAGCAGAUAUCCACCUGCAGCCUGUGGAGGACCCCACGUCAGAGCAGGUUAUCGUCAGGAAUAUGGGUUGGAACCUCAUUUCUCCUCUUGUUAGAUGUAUUUUCAUGUAUAAACAGGAAGAUGAUAAGCGAGAACACUGCCUGAAGAUACUAGAUAAGUUGGCACAGCUAUGCAAUCCGAAGGAACUUUUUUUGAGUUUACUUGAGCAGAUUGAGCAGACCUCUGGAGAGCAAGUGUGUCAAACUGUUAUGUUAUUGCUUCAGCCUUUGCAGACAGUGCUUUUGAAACUUCAGAACAAGAAGGCCUACUCAGUGGGUUUAUCUUUAGCCAUGAUAAUGAAUCAGCUUACUCCCUUACCUGUACCUUACACAAAACAACAAAUACAAGAAGAUAAACUUGGUCUCUGUCAAUGUUGUAAUGCAGUGGUGGACUUUGCUAAACCUUUUGUGAAUGAAGUUGUUAACAUGGAAAAGUCAUCAGAAUGCAAUGACAUGGAGCUGAAAGAAGAAUUAUUAAAAUUCUGUAUGAAAAGCCUGAAAUACCCAUUAUUGACAGCUCAGCUUGAACAGCUUGAAGGCGUUGAAGAACAUCCCUUUCGGCAUUUUGCAACUGAAAUUGUAGACAUUUUGUGGGAUAUAAGAGAAUUGAUACCAUUAAUGUUUUUGCAUCGUAAAGGCAAAAGUCCACACUGGGAGAAUCAGGAGUUUGCGGACAUAGAGCAAAAAAAUUCUGCAGAUUCUUUAGCGUGUCUGUCAUAUCUGAUGUUUGUUCAGCAUUUUGGUAUUGAUUGCUUUCCAGUGGUAUUUAGUCCAUCAUACCUUCUGCAGUGCAAUAUGAUGCAUAUUGAAGUGCUACUGAAAAGAACAGAAGAAUCUAUGUUAUCUAAGGGACUUGAUCUGUUUGAGAGCUGUUUAUUGAGAAUGGAAGAUAAUAGCCUUCUCCAUCAGUAUUUAGAAUUCAGAGAUUUUAUUAACGUACCUCAGGAUUUGGUGAAAGUUAUGACCCUUUGUCCCACAGAGCAUCUGAGAAAGAAGAGUUUAAAUAUUUUGCAGUUGUUCAUAGACAAGUUUGAUGCAGAGGGGAAAUACACAUUAUUCAGGUGUUUACUGCAGACAAGCAACCAUGCUGGUGUGGAAGGAUACAUUAUUAAAAAUAUAAAAGAUCAAGUUCACUUAUCGUUAACGAAGGCAUGUGACAUUUGGUUUACAGGACAUCACCUGAUCUCCCUUCUAGAUUUAGUACUUUUGCUUCCAGAAGGUGCUGAGACAGAUCUUCUGCAAAACUCAGAUAGGAUUAUGGCAUCACUAAAUCUACUGAGAUACUUGGUCAUUAAGGAUUGUGAAAGUGAUAAUCAAACUGGCGUAUGGACAGCACUUGCCAAGAUUGAGCAAAAUUUCUUAAAACCACUGCAUGUAGGACUCAAUAUGUCAAAAGCGCACUAUGAAGCAGAAAUAAAGAGUAAGAAAGAAAACAGAAGAGAGGCACACAGUUCUAACACAGUUUGUUCAGUAACUGUUAGUGGGGAAAAGAUGCCUGCCAUGACCACUGAAAUGCAGCUUCAGGUUUUACACUCGGCUCUCUUCACAUUUGAUUUAAUAGAAAGUGUUCUAGCUCGAGUAGAAGAACUCAUUGAAGUGAAAAUAAAAGCUGUAAUGGAUGAAAAUAGUUAGGUCAGCUGAAGUAUUUGAAUUCAUAUACUUCUUACAAGAUCAUUUUGACUAUGAGACUUUAGUUGAAAAGGAGGCUACCAACCUUUAAGGAGCAAUUUAGAGUGGCCUCUAAAAGAAUUGCAAAUGCUGCUUUCCAUAAGUCUUGUUGCUGUUCUUUUUAUUUUCUUCUUUUGUUGUUGUAUGCGAUUCACAGAGAUGGCCUAUUUACUAAAGUACUCCUCUUCAGAAUUUGAUGGGGUUUUUAGUUUCUAAACUAAAAACAAGGGGAUUUCUUUGUUCUUAUGCUGUGACAAGGAGCUAGGGUUGUACAUUUAUUUUUCUGUUAAUUUUCAGAAUUUGUUAGAAAAUAGUUGCUGACUGGUGUUGUGAAUCACAAAGAUUUUUAUAAAGUGACUGGAGAACCAUUAAUUAAAAGGCACUGUUUAAGCACAAGGUUUUUUUAUUACCACUCUUUAAUAUUGACAAACAAGCUCCUAUAUUUACAAACAGGACUGUGAAGUAUAUAUAGAUAAUAGUAGAAACACUGUGGCAAAGGAAACACUAUGUUUAAAGAAAAACACAUCAACUUUGAGCCAAAUAUGUUAAAACUUAGUAACACAACAGAUAACAUUUGUGUUUAAAAAACACACUGUAUGAGAUUUCAUACAUAUAUCUGUUUAUGCAUAGGAAACCUAUAUUUUGGACUUAUCUUGAUCAUCCUUAUCUUUAAGGAUAAAGUUUUCCUUAAGAUAUAUUAAAUAUUUUGGGAAAUUAUUGUAAACAGAUGAGCUCAUAAGUUCAGAAUCAAGUUAAAAAUAAGGAUGGCUUUUCUAUAGUGCACUUAAACCACUUCUUUGUUUUUCUUAGAAUGCAGAUUUGCUAUAAUGUAUGCUAUUUUUCAGUGUACAGUUUUUUAAUAUAAAUUUUCAUUCCAAAUGCACAAGUUGUAUAUACAGUCUUUUGAAAUGUAACUAUGUUUAAGAACAUUCUAUAUUUUGUUUAAAAUGUAGCCACUCUAUUUAUGAAUAAAAACCCCAAAUACUAAAU